AUGAGCAUUGACCGUGGCGACCGCAUAAUUGUGAUGAUGGUCCGUUCGUUGUGUUGUUGUGGGAGGAGUUCGCAAGUGGCCGACGGCUCGAGUGAGGAGAUUAUUGGGAAGCAACAGUUGAAGAAUGUGUUCAUCGUCUGCACCCAGAAUGUGUUAACACGUGCACUAACCGGGAAACUGAUGGCGGCGCUCGAAGAUCGGCACCUCUUGCCAGUACACAUGAAACUACUCCGACCGACUCAGGAUGUGAUCGAUAAAUCGCAUCUAUUGAAAGAGGAGAAGCGCAGACAGCUCGACGACGUUUGGAUGAUUCUGGUGUUUCGCGGAAGGGAGGCGCAGACGAGAGUUGCCGAGUGUAUUAAACAAUUCAAGACGCAAUACUCGUUGCAUAAAAAUGACAUCUACUGGACGGAUACGGAGCAACAGGCGAAGCAUGAGGAGGCUCUUUGGUUUAAAAAUGACGAAGUGGUGAGCAAUGGAGAGAUGGCAGCUGUGGUCGAAGUGCCCGUGCCAGAGCAGAAUGGAAACUCCGUUACCGAACUAUCCGUGGCGAGCUUAAAAAUCGAAGGUGAACAUGGAAUCCAAUCGGAAGCAAACUCAGUCGUCUCAACAGAAGGACCCCACCUAUCCGUCAACUCAAGUCAAAUCCCCACACCAACGCCUCCCGAAGACGACCAUCCAACUCCACAUCCCCAUGGUGGAGUCCACGUGGAUAAGGAAGGGAUAACUGCAGAAGUGAUCAGUAACACAGCGGAUAUUUUGGAGCCAGUAGAAAUGUCACCGGUUCCAGUUGCUCCAGUUAUUCCAAUCAUUAAUCAACCUACUCAAAUUGAAUAA